CAAAGGCAAGCUAGGGUUUUGGGUGCAUUGGCGGCUCCAUUUUUGUGCGCUUGGAGGCCUAAGUUGUUUAUUUUCUGUGCUGUUAGAUUGAUAUUUCAAAGCAGCCAAGAUGGUGAAGUUCACAGUUGAAGAACUCCGGAGGAUUAUGGAUCUUAAACAUAACAUCCGUAACAUGUCUGUCAUUGCCCAUGUUGAUCAUGGCAAAUCUACUCUUACAGACUCUCUUGUGGCAGCUGCUGGUAUUAUUGCACAGGAAGUUGCUGGUGAUGUUCGGAUGACAGAUACCCGUCAGGAUGAGGCAGAACGUGGUAUCACAAUCAAGUCUACUGGGAUUUCUCUUUACUACGAGAUGACUGAAGAGUCUUUAAAGAAUUACAAGGGGGAGAGAAAUGGAAAUGAGUAUCUCAUUAACCUUAUUGAUUCCCCUGGACAUGUUGAUUUUUCUUCUGAGGUCACUGCAGCUCUCCGUAUUACUGAUGGUGCCCUUGUUGUCGUUGAUUGUGUGGAGGGUGUAUGUGUGCAAACUGAAACUGUUCUGAGGCAGGCACUGGGAGAAAGAAUUAGGCCUGUGCUGACUGUCAAUAAGAUGGACCGUUGCUUCUUAGAGCUUCAGGUGGAAGGUGAAGAAGCCUAUCAGACUUUCUCACGUGUCAUUGAGAAUGCUAAUGUCAUUAUGGCUACAUAUGAAGAUCCUCUCCUUGGUGAUGUUCAAGUUUACCCAGAGAAAGGAACUGUUGCCUUUUCUGCUGGAUUACACGGUUGGGCCUUCACACUUACGAACUUUGCCAAAAUGUAUGCUUCUAAAUUUGGAGUUGAUGAGAACAAGAUGAUGGAGAGAUUAUGGGGUGAAAAUUACUUUGACCCGGCAACCAAGAAGUGGACUACUAAGAGCACUGGUUCUUCAACUUGCAAGCGUGGCUUUGUUCAGUUCUGUUAUGAACCAAUCAAGCAGAUCAUCAACACUUGCAUGAACGAUCAGAAGGACAAGUUGUGGCCCAUGCUGCAGAAACUUGGUGUCACCAUGAAAGCUGAUGAGAAAGAAUUGAUUGGCAAGGCUUUGAUGAAGAGGGUGAUGCAAACUUGGCUACCUGCGAGCAAUGCUCUUCUUGAAAUGAUGAUCUUUCACCUUCCAUCUCCAUCCAAGGCACAAAGGUACCGUGUGGAGAACUUGUAUGAGGGCCCUCUUGAUGACAUGUAUGCCAAUGCUAUCAGAAACUGUGACCCUGAUGGUCCUCUCAUGCUCUAUGUUUCUAAGAUGAUUCCAGCAUCAGAUAAGGGUAGGUUCUUUGCCUUUGGUCGUGUUUUUGCUGGCAAGGUUUCCACUGGUCUGAAGGUAAGAAUCAUGGGACCUAACUACAUACCUGGGCAGAAGAAAGAUCUGUAUGUGAAGAGCGUCCAGAGAACUGUCAUCUGGAUGGGUAAGAAGCAAGAGUCUGUGGAGGAUGUGCCCUGUGGGAAUACUGUUGCAAUGGUUGGUUUAGAUCAAUAUAUCACCAAAAAUGCAACAUUGACAAAUGAAAAGGAGGUUGAUGCUCACCCAAUCAGAGCGAUGAAGUUCUCUGUGUCUCCUGUUGUGCGUGUUGCAGUGCAGUGCAAGGUUGCUUCUGACCUUCCCAAGCUUGUUGAAGGUUUGAAGCGCUUAGCCAAGUCUGAUCCUAUGGUUGUUUGCACAAUGGAAGAGUCUGGCGAGCAUAUUGUUGCAGGUGCUGGAGAGCUCCAUCUUGAGAUCUGCUUGAAAGACUUGCAGGAGGAUUUUAUGGGUGGAGCUGAGAUUAUUGUGUCUGACCCUGUUGUUUCUUUCCGUGAAACUGUGCUCGAAAAGUCAUGUAGGACAGUCAUGAGCAAGUCCCCCAACAAGCAUAACAGGCUCUACAUGGAAGCAAGGCCGUUGGAAGAGGGGCUUGCUGAGGCAAUUGAUGACGGCCGCAUAGGCCCAAGGGAUGAUCCUAAAGUUAGGUCGAAGAUUCUCUCUGAAGAGUUUGGUUGGGACAAGGAUCUUGCCAAGAAGAUCUGGUGCUUCGGUCCUGAGACGACUGGCCCAAACAUGGUUGUUGAUAUGUGUAAGGGAGUUCAGUACCUCAAUGAAAUCAAGGAUUCUGUGGUGGCUGGCUUCCAAUGGGCUUCCAAGGAAGGUGCACUUGCUGAGGAAAACAUGAGGGGCAUAUGCUUUGAGGUGUGCGAUGUUGUCUUGCACGCUGAUGCUAUCCACAGGGGUGGUGGCCAGGUUAUUCCAACCGCAAGAAGAGUCAUUUAUGCUUCCCAGCUGACUGCCAAGCCUCGACUUCUUGAACCUGUAUACCUUGUCGAAAUCCAGGCACCUGAGCAAGCACUUGGAGGCAUCUAUGGUGUUCUGAACCAGAAGCGAGGCCACGUAUUUGAAGAGAUGCAGAGGCCCGGAACCCCAUUGUACAACAUCAAAGCCUACCUCCCUGUCAUCGAGUCCUUUGGUUUCUCCAGCACACUGAGGGCUGCCACAUCUGGCCAGGCUUUCCCACAGUGCGUCUUUGAUCACUGGGACAUGAUGUCUUCCGAUCCAUUGGAGGCUGGUUCGCAGGCUGGACAACUUGUGGCGGAAAUUCGCAAGAGGAAGGGUCUCAAGGAGCAAAUGACACCUCUGUCUGAGUUCGAGGACAAGCUGUGAGGUAAGUCUUCUCUUUAAUCCCGAUCAUAUCAAGUCCCGGACAUCUGUGGUAGUUAUCUGUCAUCUCCAUUUUUCCACCCACCUCUUAAUGUUAUUAUUAUUCUGAGUUUAUGUGGGCAUGCCUCACUCGGAAGAGUUAGUGUCAUGUUAUAUUGCAUGUUUAUGUUUGGACAAUUUUAAUUCUGUAGCAGUGUCAGAUCAGAAGAAACACUUAUGGAUGUGCUGCAGAGAUGCUUUGCAUUUUUGUUUGACUUUACUUUGUAACGUAUGGAUGUGAUUUUCUUAAAGUUUGUUUUGUUUUAUCUUUUUUUU